CGGGAUCGCAGAGGUUCAGUUCCUGUUUUGUGUCCCCGGUUAAAUUUGUCCUCUAUACUAAGCACACUUGAGUGUCAAGUACAUCAGGUAAAAAUACAGCAUUUCUGCUACGUACGGGUGUGAUGGCUGGUUUAGUUGAUUUUAAGAAUGAAGAAGAAGUUAAAGAAUUUUUGGACAAUUUGGGAAUAGAAUACAGCUAUCAGUGUCAUAAGGAAAAGGACCCGGAAGGUGGACUACCAAGGAAUUUAAAAGCAGCUUACGAAUGCUUCAUGACGUCUUGUGAAAUAGGUGGGAAGAAGUCAACUGAUGCCUGCCACAAUGUUGGAAUUUUGGCCCAUGAUGGACAAGCAUUGGAUGAUAAGCCUGAUGUAGCAAUUGCCAGAGACUAUUACACAAAAGCUUGCAACAACAACUAUGCACCCAGCUGCUUUAACCUGAGUGCCAUUUACCUCCAAGGAGCACCAGGCAUUCCUAAGGACAUGAACCAGGCACUGCACUAUUCCCUUAAAGCAUGUGAUCUAGGCCACAUCUGGGCAUGUUCUAAUGCCAGUCGAAUGUACAAACUUGGGGAUGGAGUUAGAAAGAAUGACGACAAAGCAGAGAGCUUGAAAAACAAAGCAAAAACAUUAUACCUAGAGCAGAAGGAAGUGACACCACAACUGAAAUUUGGAGAAUGAGUUUUGAAGAAAUGAUUUGAAGUUUGUGUCACUUACAGCAUCUGGAUGCUGGAUACGGUCUGUCUGUCAUUUUGCAUAAAUGGUGAAAUAGAGUGCAGAAUAUUGAAAAACUAUUAUGGAGAUUUUAACGCAAUGAAAAGAAAAAUUUUGUAUUUGUCAGGAACAUGGUGUAACUUGAUUUUCUUUCAGCAGGGCUGAAAUAAGUCUCUUUUCCAUCUCUGAUCAGUUUUCAUGUCAUUAAACAAGACUUUGCAAAUCUGUUAUGAUCAGGA